AGCACCACCCUCUCCAAAGGGCCGCCCCCGUGACUCUGGCGGCCGGCGGCGCGCGCCGAGGGGGCGGGCAGGGCUGUUUACGGCGCGAGCCAUGGCCCUGCCCGGCGGCGCCGCGGGCCCCCGCCGAUAGACAGCGAGGGCGCCCAUGCUCACUGACAUGCUCGCCGUGCCGGGGUCAGCAUGGCGGCCAGCGACGGUGGCCGCAUCCUACAGGUGGAGGUCGAUGGGGUCCUGCACGAGUGGUUCGACGUGGACAAGAUGCAGUCGGUGGUGCCCGGGCUCGUCCUCUCGGGUGUUGUCGCCGGUCGCGCAGCUGGGGGGCGAGCACGGCGCGGAGCCGCUGGCGUGCUGCGCCGACCUGGCCCGCGCUGCGCCUGCGGGCUCGACCGUGCUGCUCAAGCCGAGCAGGCGCAGGCUGGAGGACAUGGAGCGGGUGAUCUCGAGCUCGCCCAGGCGGCUCGCGGGCCCGUGGUCCACAGCAGCGGCCCCCCCACCCGCAGCGGCGCGGCCGCCAGCCGGCAGGCCGCGCUCGCCCGCGGGCGGCGGCGCGGCGUUCGCGGACGACCCGUGGACGCCGCGCCUCGGGCUGUGAGGCGCGGGGGUGGGGGGGACGUAGUCAACGUCCGCCGCAGCGCGAGAGAAAAAAAGUUGCCGUGCCCGACUGAGUUGCACUGGCAGGGAGUGGUGGGACACGCUCCACUUGCGCGGUCGAACGCUGAGGCGGCGCACGCGAACCACAACG